AACAUUUUCAUAGCAACAAUAAUGGCCGCUUUGCGAAGACUGGCCGUAGUUGUAGGCAGGCUGACAGGCUCGUCUAUCCCGCGUAAGGAUGUCCUUGGAUUCCGGGCAAAAAAUGACAAGACAGUACGCGGGUGGCUUGCCGUUGGGGUAGGGAUGGCGGCAGGAGGUGCAGUGGCUUAUUGCUGUUUUUACGAGCGACAUGACAGCAAAAAGAAGAGAGUCGGGCAUAGCAUCAACGGCCGAGCUAUGCUUCCUUCUUUGCCCGCAGUAACCGCUAAGGAAAAGGGUCGUCCGUUUGACUUUGAGGAGGGGGACGUCUACAUGUCAUCCCACGAGCACCGUUUCCGCCUCUUCAGCUCGGUGGAGUACGAGGGCCAGCUCUACAUGACUCCGCAGAACUUCAUCGAGUCGGUCACCAUGAGUGAACCCAGAAGCAAGAAGCCCUGGAGGUCCCUCACCAAACCGGAGCUGGAGAAGAUCCUGGCUGACACUCCACCCGUGUGGAAGGGAACAUCCAAACUUUUCCGGAACCUUCGAGAGCGAGGCAUCAUCGCUUACACUGAGUAUCUCUUUCUGCUCUGCAUCCUGACAAAGCCCCAUGCUGGCUUUAAGAUUGCCUUCAACAUGUUCGAUGCUGAUGGGAACCAGAUGGUUGACAAGAGGGAGUUCUUGGUGCUGCAGGAGAUCUUCCGUAAGAAGAAUGAGAAGAGAGGCCGAAAGGGAGAUGCAGACAAAUCCGCCCAGCUGAGUAUGCAGCUCUAUGGAUAUCAGGUUGCCCCCGUGAACAGCGUGCUUAAAAAAGAGGGUCAGGAGUUUGCGCCCAGGAGCUACUGGGACGUGCUGAGACGCAGCGCAAGUCAAGCUCUGUUUUCUGACCUGGCAGAGCGCGUGGACGAGAGCAUGAUGAUUGACACAUCGUUGCUGGUACACUUCUUUGGGAAGAAGGGCAAGGCAGAGCUGACCUUUGAUGACUUCUACAGGUUCAUGGAUAACCUGCAGACUGAGGUGCUGGAGAUCGAGUUCCUGACCUACUCAAAGGGCAUGACCACCAUCAGUGAGGAGGACUUUGCCCGCAUCCUACUGCGCUACACCACCGUAGACAACAUCAGCAGCUACCUGGACAACGUGCGCCAGUGCAUCCCUGACGAGAAGAGACAAGAGCUGGGCCUGGACAUUAAGGGAAUCACCUUUGAAGAGUUCAGGUCAUUCUUCCAGUUCCUGAACAACCUCGAGGAUUUUACUAUCGCAAUGCAAAUGUACAACUUUGCCAGCCGCUCUAUUGGCCAAGAUGAGUUUGCCAGGGCCGCGUAUGUGGCGACAGGUCUGAAGCUGACCCGUCACCUGGUGAACACCAUCUUUAAGAUCUUUGAUGUGGACCAUGACGACCAACUGAGCUACAAAGAGUUCAUCGGCAUCAUGAAGGACCGCCUGCACCGCGGAGCACGGGGGUACAAGGCCGUGGAGCACUUCACUUCCUUCAAGUCAUGUCUGAAGAAGGAGCUGGCUGGCAGUAGGUGAACAGACACGGCACCGGCUCCUUCUCCACCUGCAUUCGCUCGGAGGGUGGGAGGCAUGUCCGCCAGCUGUGGAGGAGGUUCAAGGAGAAGGCUUAGACGGGGAAGGAGUGGAGGAGGAGGAGGAGUAGAAGGAGGUCAACAGGAGGAAGACGGAAGAAAAGACCGUAACGUUACACUUUCACUCUGCUGAAGGGCCAUUCAGGGGCCUACAAGACUUACACCCAGAGACUGCACUACUGAUGGGAACAAGAGCAGUCUAUAUUAUAAGUGGGACAGAUGUAUAAUGUUGACUGAGAAGGUGGUAUUUGUAGGGGAGAGCAGGUAGAGUUGGAGCAAGGGGACAGUAGUAAAAUGCUCAGACACUCACAGACCAAAUGAGUGAUAGCAACAGCAUACUAUGUUCAAAAUUUGAACUUGCAUCCCUGUCAGUCAAUCGUUAAGAGACAGAAUAUAGAAUAGUUAUUGACAUGUUUUGUGGGGCAAAUGUGUAAGUUAAGUUUUGGGCGACUGGCAGUAGGGUGAGAGCUGCGGCCCUAGCUCUGUAAAGACUACAGUCUGGGUUUGAGUAAUGCAUGGCUGUUGCUGUAAACUUGACUUACCUCUUCAAAUUGGUGUGUUAAUGCUGUCACGUCAGAGCUGUAGCAGAGGCACUCAUUUCAUUUAGAUUCAAAUCACAGAAAAAGGCCCCUGUGCUUGACCUAGUGAUGUAAAUAAAGAGGCUGGGGGUGCAUGUUACAUAAAUGUUCAAAUGAAAGGUGUCACUUCAGAUAUUUUACAACAAAUCAUAAUACAAAAAGUGCAACAACUCUACCCAGUCUCCCCACCACACUACUGUACCUGUCUUCUAGUGUACCUGUCAUCUUCUAACAUACCUGUCAUCUUCUAACAUACCUGUCAUCUUUGUUAACACUGGUCUCAGUCUUUGAGUUUCGUGACAUUACUUAAGAAAGAUUCGAAACUUGUUAAACAUUCUAUGUUUUGUUUUGUUUUUUACUUGGAUGAAAGUACAUGUCUUUAUAUGAAGAACACCACCAUGGUGAGAUAGAACACCAGUAGGAUAUAGUCAAGCAGAACAUGGGGGUUAAAAGUUCUCUCCACAUAUCUAGUCAUAUGUUGUUUAAUCUUAGUUUAAAGCAUGACAUUUUUGAUUGAUUAUAAUUUUCCUCUGUUUGAUUCCAAAAACCAGAAGGGUUUUAUAUUUAAUACAUUCCAUUGACUUUGUUGACAUUUUGUAUCAGCAUGUUGUCUUAACAAUAUAUAUCAACAUAUUUUUUUCCUUUAUUGAACAUUAAGGGAAGAUCAUUUAUUAACUGAAUGGUUGUUUAUGCAGCCCCAGUUAGCAGGGAAGGCCUGAGAAGGUUGUGCAUGGCCAUCCAGUUGGGAAAUGCAAUCUAUGGCUACUUUUGUGUGCACUGACAUGGCAAGAAAGACAAUGAGACUCAAACAGUAAGCAAUAAGAAAACAAUGCAAAUAGAAUGUAAAAACUACUCAAAUUCCAGUAAUCAAGCAAUUAAAACUUUCUUAAGUUAGUUUUAAAUCACUUUAAAGGUUGCCUAGGGUUCCUAGUGUGUGUGUGUGUGUCUGUGGGCACAUGCAUACUUACAUUGAGACCAUCUACUCAUUCCAUAAUUAAAUGCAUGCAUUAGGGUAACUGCUGAUAGGAUCCGCAAAGUAAUCGUCUGUCUUUAAAACAUAGCCUUUCAUCAAAGCCUGUGUCAUAUUUAUUUUUAUGUAUAUUAUGAAGCCAUUUGGAGAUGAUAUGUAUUGAUAUGGUUAUUAUGGAGUGUAUAUAAGCAGGGUGAUGUUGCAAGAUUUAUGAUAAAUUUACCAUAGCAGUAA